GGUCUCGCUUCAUCCCAGCCCUUGCUUCGGAAAAUCUCGGGAAGAGUUUGGCCUGGAGGAGGCAGCGGCGGUGCCCAUUGAUGUGCUGGGUGUGCAGCUAGUGGUGAAGAGAUGGCCGCUCCUGUCCCAUGGGCCUGCUGUGCCAUGCUCGCUGCAGCAGCCGCAGUUGUCUACGCCCAGAGACACAGUCCGCAGGAGGCGCCUCACGUGCAGUAUGAGCGCCUGGGCUCCGACGUGACACUGCCAUGCGGUACAGCCAGCUGGGACGCAGCAGUGACGUGGCGGGUGAAUGGGACAGACCUGGCCCCCGACCUGCUCAACGGCUCCCAGCUCUCCAUCCACGGCCUGGAACUGGCCCACAGCGGCCUCUACGCCUGCUUCCACCGUGACUCCUGGCAUCUUCGUCACCAGGUUCUGCUACAUGUGGGAUUGCCACCGAGGGAGCCCGUGCUCAGCUGCCGUUCCAACACUUACCCCAAGGGCUUUUACUGCAGCUGGCAUCUGCCCAGCCCCACGUACAUCCCCAACACCUUCAAUGUCACCGUGCUGCACGGCUCCAAAACGAUGGUCUGCGAGAAGGAUGCUGCCGUCAAGAACCGCUGCCACAUCCGCUACGUGCACCUGUUCUCCACCGUCAAGUACAAGGUCUCCGUCAGCGUCAGCAACGCCCUGGGGCACAACGCCACCGCCGUCACCUUCGACGAGUUCACCAUCGUGAAGCCGGACCCUCCAGAAAAUGUGGUGGCCCGCCCGGUGCCCAGCAACCCUCGCCGGUUGGAGGUGACAUGGCAGACCCCCUCAACCUGGCCCGACCCUGAGUCCUUCCCUCUUAAGUUCUUUCUGCGCUACCGACCCCUCAUCCUGGACCAGUGGCAGCAUGUGGAGCUGUCUGAUGGCACAGCGCACACCAUCACGGACGCCUACGCCGGGAAGGAGUACAUCAUCCAGGUGGCAGCCAAGGACAACGAGAUCGGGACGUGGAGUGACUGGAGCGUGGCUGCCCACGCCACCCCCUGGACCGAGGAACCCAGACACCUCACUACGGAGGCUCAGGCCCCGGAGACCACGACCAGCACCACCAGCUCACUGGCACCCCCUCCCACCACGAAGAUCUGUGACCCCAGUGACCUGGGCAGCGGUGGCGGAGGGCCCUUGGCACCCCUCUUGGUCAGUGUCCCUGUCACAUUGGCCCUGGCUGCCGCUGCUGCUACUGCGAGCAAUCUGAUCUGAGCCCAGACCUUGUGUGGACAUGACAGAGCGGAGAACGGAGAACGUGCAGAGGAGCAGAAGCUGAGCAAGCCCGCAGAGCCGGCUUCUAUUUUGCACACAGGCAGGAGGGCCUUUUGCAUUCUCCUCAGACACAAUUUGUAGAGAUACCCCCCUCCCCCAGGCGGCCUGGGCCUGCCGCCCCCAGCCCCGCCACACCACUCCGGCCCUCUUCCCUCCCUUAGGGGGAGGAGGGCCAUGCAGCUAACCCACCCACCAAAGACCCCCUUCCCACCCUCACCCUGUCCUCCCGGGCUGGACCCUCCAACGCCAGCGACUCCCAGAGCCCUUGGGAGGCCCGAGGGGAGCCCCUCACACCCACGGUUUUCCCCGCCCCAGCCUCCUGUCUGUCGCAGGGUCUGUUUCCACCAUCAGAUUAUAAGCUCCUGACACUGGGGGGGCCCAGCCAUUCCCCUCCCCCCAGCGCCCACACUUUUCAAUCACCCCCACCUUGGUCCCUGUUUUGUACAACCCUCCCCUAGCCCCUAUUCCAACCCUACAGUAUUUAAUGCCCUGCCCUGUCAGUCCCCUCUAGUCCAAUUGACUCAAUGGUAA